CCAGCACGCGAUCUGCUCGCACUUCGGCACGUUUAGCUGUCCAUUCAGGAUGGACGUGUUGGUGAUAGUCAUAAACGUCAUUCCUCCAUGAUCAUGCUCGUUGUACACAAUGACAGACAGCAAUGCCGACUAUGACCUGUCGCAGCCAAUCACGUCGACCUCGGGCCUACGACAAGGGCUGGCUGGAUACGGCGAUCCUCACUUCUCUCUGUUCCUGCGUAAGGUCUUCAUCAAGGCCCUAGGAUACGGCGAAGACGCCCUCUCUCGGCCCAUCAUCGGCAUCAUCAAUACGUACAGCGGCUUCAAUCCUUGCCAUGGAAACACUCCACAGCUCAUCGAGGCCGCCAAAAGAGGCGUGCAGCUGGCAGGAGGGCUGGCAAUCGACUUCCCUACCAUCAGCGUUGCAGAGUCCUUCUCGGCGCCCACCAGCAUGUUUCUGCGCAAUCUGAUGAGCAUGGACACCGAGGAGAUGAUUCGCGCCCAGCCUGUGGACGCCUGCAUCAUGAUAGGAGGGUGUGACAAGACCGUCCCAGCACAGAUCAUGGGUGGCAUAUCUGCAAACAAGCCCGUAUUGCCACUGAUCACUGGCCCAAUGUCGACCGGAAGCUAUCAUGGGAAGCGCAUUGGUGCUUGCACCGACUGUCGCAACAACUGGGCUUCCUUCCGCGCGGGGCAGAUCGAGAUUGAGGAGAUUGCUGAUAUCAACGAAGAGCUGGCGCCUACCGUCGGCACCUGCGGUGUUAUGGGGACUGCUAGUACGAUGGCAUGCCUAACAGCUGCUCUUGGUUUAAUGCCACUGAAGGGAGCAAGUGCUCCGGCGGUAUCAGCAGCCCGUCUACGCAUAGCAGAAGAGACCGGCCGCAACGCAGUCGCAGUUGCGGCAGCUAAACGGACGCCUCAAGUUAUCUUGUCCCGAGACUCUUUCCUCAACGCAAUCACUGUGCUUCAGGCGAUCGGCGGCAGCACCAACGGGAUAGUCCAUCUGCUUGCUAUCGUCAAUAGGCACCCUGAGCUCGAAGGAGCCUUGACUCUCAAAGACAUCGACGACGUGGGAAGGACCACACCACUCAUCGUAGAUCUCAAGCCCAGUGGGGACAACUACAUGACCGACUUUCACAACGCGGGUGGCAUGCUCGCCUUGUUGCAUACGCUGCGCCCGCUCCUCCACCUCUCCGCCAUGACAAUCAGCGGGCAGACGCUUGGCGAGGUUCUCGACGCAACUCCGUUCAAGACAUUCGCCUACUCGACGUCCAUCAUCCGGCCUCUCUCAAACCCCCUCUCGUCGUCCUCAAGCCUCGUCGUCCUCUACGGCAACCUCGCCCCUCAGGGCAGCGUGAUGAAAGCCUCGGCCUCCAAGGACCGCGCGCUUUUGUCGCACUCCGGGCCGGCGGUGGUCUUCCGCAACGCAGCAGAUCUCGCCCAGCGUAUUGAUUCACCAGACCUCGACGUGACACCUUCGUCAGUUCUCGUGCUGCAGAACAUCGGCCCGCUCGGGUAUCCAGGCAUGCCGGAGGCAGGACUCAUCCCCAUACCGCGGAAGCUCAGCCGAGAAGGCGUGGUCGACAUGCUGCGGAUCAGCGACGGGAGGAUGAGCGGCACGGCAGGUGGCACAAUAGCACUGCACGUGUCGCCCGAGUCUGCCCUGCCAGAGAGCGUGCUGGGCGUUGUUCAGGACGGGGAUCAGAUUACGUGCGACGUGGGGCAGCGGAGCCUGAGACUCGACGUUGCGGAUGCUGAGAUCGAGCGGAGAUUGCAGGAGAGACGGGACUUGCUGCUGGGGACUCAGCAUGCACCCCCGCAGCCCUCGGUCUUGUCGGAGCGCGCAACCAAGAGGGGCUAUCGCGGGCUGUACGAGAGGACGGUCAAUCAGGCACACGAGGGCGCCGACUUUGACUUUUUGACUGCAGGCGGCCCGAAACCUUCAUCUUGAAAGUUUAAUGUCAAUCAUCAGCAUGUGGAUCAUGUGGGGUCUCUCCAAUCAGCGCAGUGAUAAUUCCCGACAUAAGUCCUAA